CGAUACUCCAUAAGACUGGAGACAUUAGCCAUGCAGUGGGCUUCUCAGUGUCGUUGGGAACAUCCAGAUCGCAAACGCUAUACGCAGUACGAAGGCACCGGACAGAAUCUUGCAUUAAGAAAUGGCCCCAAACAAUCAUUUCCACAGAUGGCUACAGGUUGGUACAAUGAAGCGGUAAACUACACAUAUCAUUCCAGGCAAUGCUCCCAUGUUUGUGGACACUACACACAGAUGGUGUGGGCAACUACAACGGAAGUAGGCUGUGCAAUGCAGCGAUGUGACAGCCUUCGGCCAGAAUGGACUCCACCCGUUUAUCUUAUGGCUUGUCAAUACGCCCCAGGUGGAAAUUACGGGGGAGAAUGGCCCUACACAGCAGGUCGACCUUGCAGCAGUUGCCCCUAUGAAUAUUCGUGCGCCCGCAACCAAUGUGUCAAGGUUCACACAAAGCCUAACCCAAAUCCCUGA